AUGGCCACCCUGUCACUCUACGAUACCACCAUUGUCUGUGGUACCCACGCUCUAGACACGCUUCUCGACCUUCUCAAGGAGGCCCAGGCCCGCAUAUUCCCGGACAUGGUCCCCCUCAGUCUGCAGGUCCUGAUCGUGUGCAAAUUUUACAAGCAGUUUGUCACGUACCCGACCGGACGCAUCGUCGAGGGGGCCGAGGACGACGGCGAGAACAAGACGCUGGAGGAGCUCGUCGAGCGGGUCGAGAAGACGCUCGGCCUGCUCGAGACCGUCUCGCGCGACGAGAUCGACGGCACGGCCCUCAAGACCACGACCGUCGAGGUGGUCCCGUACGGGUCCUUCAACGUCACCCCUGAGUAUUUCAUCCUGAUAUACCAGCUGCCCACCCUCUACUUCCACCUCGUCACCGCCUAG